CCGCGUCCUGGCCAGCAAGGCGUCGCGGAAGAUCUUCCAGGAGGCCGACAACAAGCCGGUGCCGCGGGGCGCCGAGGAGGAGCCGCUGCUGCGGGAGAACCCGCGUCGCUUCGUCAUCUUCCCCAUCCAGUACCACGACGUGUGGCAGAUGUACAAGAAGGCCGAGGCCUCCUUCUGGACCGCCGAGGAGGUGGAUCUUUCCAAGGACAUCCAGCACUGGGAGUCCCUGAAGCCCGAGGAGAAAUACUUCAUUUCCCAUGUGCUCGCCUUCUUUGCUGCCAGUGAUGGCAUAGUCAAUGAAAACCUGGUGGAGCGGUUCAGUCCAGAAGUACAGAUCACAGAAGCGCGUUGUUUCUAUGGCUUCCAGAUUGCCAUGGAAAACAUACAUUCAGAAAUGUACAGUCUUCUAAUUGACACAUACAUUAAAGACUCAAAAGAGAGGGAAUUUCUUUUCAAUGCUAUUGAAACGCUACCGUGUGUUAAAAAGAAGGCUGACUGGGCCAUGCGCUGGAUUGGGGACAAGCAAGCAACAUAUGGAGAACGUGUAGUAGCUUUUGCAGCAGUAGAGGGAAUCUUCUUUUCUGGCUCCUUUGCAUCAAUCUUUUGGCUGAAGAAAAGAGGAUUAAUGCCUGGACUCACUUUUUCUAAUGAACUCAUCAGUAGAGAUGAGGGCUUGCAUUGUGAUUUUGCCUGCCUCAUGUUCAAGCACUUGAUACACAAACCAUCAGAGGAGAGAGUAAGGGAAAUCAUCAUGAAUGCUGUUCUCAUAGAACAGGAAUUCUUGACGGAGGCACUGCCUGUAAAACUGAUUGGCAUGAACUGCACUUUAAUGAAACAAUACAUAGAAUUUGUAGCAGACAGACUUAUGUUGGAACUGGGAUUUAACAAGAUAUACAAAGCAGAGAAUCCUUUUGACUUCAUGGAAAACAUCUCUCUGGAAGGCAAAACGAACUUCUUUGAGAAGCGAGUAGGUGAAUAUCAGAGGAUGGGAGUCAUGUCAAAGCCCACAGACAACUCUUUCACCCUGGAUGCAGAAUUUUAAAUGGACUGAAACCACAUGACUUGCUGUGCAUGCAUGGUCCCCUGUUUAUGGGGAAACAUUAAGCAUAUUGGGUCAUGGUGUGAUUUUAUUUUUGUACCAGAUCCCAUUCUUGCAAAGUGUGGUGAUACUGGUACUUUUCAGGAGGCUAGUGUAGCUGCAGCAGUUUUAACAAGACUUUGUCAAUGGUUUUAAUUCAUAGAAUGCUUAGGUGUAUUUUAUAAAAGCAGCUGCUUCAUAAGCUACUCUAUUUUGUGAAAUAUAGGUAGCUACCUUCUACAAGAUGGGAGGUAUGGACAGUUACCACUAGCUUCUGCAGUUCUCCCCAUAAAGAAGUGAUUGAGAAAUUCUUGUGUUAGAUUUUUGAAUGCUCUGCAGAAAACUCUGGAGGAAGCUACAUGACCUCACUGUUUUCUUAGCAGGUUUUAAGUUUACUUUUUAAUAUUUUAAGUUUGUACAUAAAGCUGGCACUUUAAUGUUCAAAAUAAAGAACUG